CAGUCUCUGCUGUCCUCUGUCUGAGAGGUUCAGUCCGUAUUCCAGUAGCUGGGAGCUCCUAUCCCAAGGGCUCCUGGCAGGUUCUCAGCCCGGACACCAAACCGCCAUAUCUGUUACUGGCACUUCCAGCUGCUGCUGGGUCUCUGGUGCAUUCCCACUUGCAGUCAUUGCCCAGGAGCUGCAGAGGGAGGUAAAUGUUUCCUUUGUGCACCAUCCUGGUUUCACCUGCCACUCUGCUGCCAGCUAAGUGCAUUACACAGCACUGAUGUCUAAUGUACUCUGACAAGAUGAAACGUAAAGUUGCAAAAGUAGGAACUUUGCGGCUGAGCCCAAAUGAAGAAGCUUUAAUAUUAAAGCAAGAACGGGAAAGGAGAAGGAAGCUGCGUCUGCAGCAGGUCAGAGAGCAGGAAAAGUUCAUUGCCCAGCAGUUCCGCCAAGAUGUGAAGGAAAGGAGAGACCAGCAGCUUCAGCAGAUGGCAGAGGAGCUGAGAUCCAAAUGGGAAUCUGCUCAGGCUGAGAAGCUCCAGUCUCUGGAAAAGAUCUAUCUGUCCACGCUCAAUGCAAUCGGCGAGGGACACCGGCAGGCCAAGGAAAAUGAGCCAGAUUUGGAAGCUAUGGAGAGGGUCGUGGCUGUAAACAAAGAGAAAGCGGAGAAGAGGCACAGAGAGGCUUUAAAAGAGUUAAAACAGCAAAGAGAUAAACAGCUGAGGAAUCAGACCUGGCACAUUGAAGCACGUAGGAAAGCUCUUAACAUUGAAAAAGAGCGAUCAGAAAAAAUCGCCAGUCUGCCUCCGCCUCCGCCAGAUCCUCUUGAGAACCUUGAGGUUGUGAAGAGACUCCCAUUGGUGAAGAUCUGCAAUGUAGACAGCUUCUCUGCAUCUCACUACCACUUACCCGAAGCCUACGUGGAUCGAGAGAUGGACACUGAGCAGCUCGAUGCCAGGGCUGCCGCAGUCGAGGAAGGGAAACGUUUGGACGCUCUUCAGAAGGAAGAGGAACGAGAGAGGCUGGAACAAAUGGAGAAGGCAAACCUCCGUGGGUCUCAUGCUUUGAAGAUGGUUCAGUUAACGCAAGAUCGGGAUAGAUUAAUGAAAGAAUUGGAGCAGAUGCAACAGGAUGACCUGACACGACGAAGGCAAAUCGUAGCAAAGAUGCCGCAGCAGCUGUUUGAACCGGCCUACCGUCGGGCAGAGAUCCGGGAGGAUUGGCAGAGGGAGCUGGAGUCUGCGUUUGAGGACAUAUACACCAGAGAUACAAAGAUGAAGGGGGACAUGGUCCUCCACCUGAAGCCCCAGCCCCUGCCUGAGCCCUCUGUUACAAGUCUUGAUGAAGAUCUGGAUUUGUCUGUGGAGCCGGAAGCAUUGUCUGAUGUGAAGCGUCGCUUGGUAGGACCAGAGGACACCUCACCAGCAGCUGAUCCCCAAGAAGAAACUAGAGUGCCACAGUCCAGGCUUGUGCUGAAGAAGUUGUUGAGCAGGAUCAGGACGCAGAAGGACCAGUGGAGUGGUAAGAGUGAUGCAGAAACAGUCAGUGACACUCUGGAGACGGGACCGCUGCCCAUUGUCAAUGGAGAAGCAGAUGUUCCUCAAGGAGAGGAGGACACGUCUGGUGGAGACACACAGUUCAUAAGUGAAAAUACUAUUCUAGCUGGAAAAUCUGUCCUGCUCCAUCCACAGGAACAGGCCAUGCGCAUCAGGAUGGAAGCAGAGAGGAGGAAAAAGGCGGAAGACUUGGAGAGACAGAAGCAAGAACAAGUCGAACUGCUCAGCAAAUUGGAAGAGGAGCAAAAACGUUUAGAGGCAGAAUAUUAUAAGAAGCAGCAAGAAGCCGACAGAACCCAGGUGGGACAGGAGAGGGUCUCUGUAGAGGACGAGAAGCCAGAGCCAUUGGGACAGGAGAAUGAGCCUGUGUCAUCAGCACCAGUUACGGAGAUGAACACAUCUGGUGAGAGUCUCCAUAUUCAGAUCAUCCGGGAGUACCAGCAACGCUUGUUACAGCAGAAUAGGCAACAUAAGCAGUCAGCGGAUGAGGCACGAAAACGUUUGCAAGAAUACCAGGUGUUGCUGAAAAGGCGGUAUCCUCACUUAUCAACCUCUAACCAAGAAAGCACAAAUCAUGGUCCGGAAAGCACAGGAACGUAUAAUAAUUGUAAAACCAGUGGCGCUUUGUCACCUGCACCUGAUAGGACUGUUACAGUGCCUCUGCAAGCCACAGAUCCGUCUCGUGCUCUGGUUUCAGCGAAUCAACCAAUAGAGCAACGGCGUGAAUCACAUGUUCUAAUAGGAUCUGGACGGCUUAUUCCCACCAGUGUGAGUACUUCAGAGGAGCAGCUGGAGAUGGUUCCUUCGUCACCCACAGAUUUCUUGGCACAACAUGUUGACUCCCAUAAACUCACGAGCCGUGCUAGGAGCCCCGUCAUCAUUCCUUCUCCAAGCAGCAGUAUUUUCAGUGUAGAAAGACAUCCGCAAGUACGGUCAUCUCACACAGAUGCACAUUAUCAGAGUCCAGAUGAAGAUCGCGUUAGACCGCAGCAUUCUUUGGUAGGGUCAGAAAAAUAUUCCUCAACAUCUAGCCCUGGAGAGCAGGAUACCUCUUCAGGCACAUCGUAUCACCCGCUUCCUUCUGCGCUGUCUUUAGGCCUGACCGAUAUUGAGUUCUCUGAACCGAAUAUUCCUUUAACAAUGUCUCUAGCACACCUAAGAAAAAUAGAUAUUCCACCGCUGAGGGACUUCUCAAAUGUCCACGAAUUCCGGAAGAGUCUUCUUUCCUCCUCUGCAGAGAUCCAUGCUCAACAGGAUCAGCUGAAAGAGUUGCAAGCCCAGCUAGACAAGAAGCGAGAGUCUCUGCUGUCCAAGCAAAAAAUCCACGAAGAGCAGCUCCUACAGAAGCAGUUGGAAUUGGAGGAGCAAAUCCGGAAACACCAAGAGUCCUUGGGAAAUCUCCUGGGCUCCAGAGAGCCUAGUGAUAGUGCAUUGCCCGCUGACGUAAGCCAGAUUCCAAAGAACGAACGUUUUAAUUUCAUGUCUACUCUGCUGAAAGCAUUGGAUGACAACCGGGAAGAUGUCAGAAUGACUGAUUACAAAGAGCCCAGUAACGGUGGUCUGAUUAGACCUCCGGGAAGAGAGCAGAGAUGGAGACCUUCAAAGCCACCUGUUACAAAGACCAAAUUAGGGCCACAACUGCAGCAGCAUGAGUUGAGUGCCAUCAUGGAGCUGGAGACGCCCACUAGUGGUCGGCUUUCCACCACAGGAUUGGAGGAGCAGCAGGAUAUCCAUAUAGGCCUGAAUAAUGGAUCUGGAAGAGAGGAACCCGUGAGCUAUAACCCAGAAAUAAGCAAGAAAAGCAGGGACUCUACUCUCAGAGAUCUGGACCUAUCAAGGUUAUCAGCCAGCAGCAAGGACCAGAGUUGUAACGACAGUGCAAACUGGAGCCACACCAAGUUAUCCUGGAGGGAGUUGCUGUCUCUAGAGGUCUCGCAUGACCAGGGCGGCUCAGGUCCUCCAUGUACUCCAGCCGAGCACAGGGAUCUUCAUGGUUUCUCUGCUAAUAGCAGCAAAGAGGUUGCUGAUUGGCUUGGGAAAGCAGCGGCACAUGGAAGCAGCCCAGAUGCCUUCUGUGAUUAUUUGUCUACCACAACCAUAUCAACCGGCAGUUUCCUGACCAGUGAGAAGACGGAUUCCAGUCCUGUAAACUUUGAUAUCUUAUCAGAACUUCAGAGAUGUAACUAUUCUGUUAUUGCGGAAGGGCAAGACCGCUGUUCCAACCGGCCAGCAGCUGCAAACACGCUUCAGCAUGAAAUGAGUUGGGAUAGUUACAGGACUCCAGGAGAGAAGCACAGUCCCAGCCAGCAGAUCAUUGAGAAGUACACCAAAGACCUCAGCGCUUCUCUACAAAGGAACCUGAGCUUUCACUCUCCUGAGGCUGCAGUUGACACUUCGGCUACCGAUAACCACUUUCCAAUGACCUUUCACCCACUGGAUCCUAAACCUGACCUCAGUAUUUCCACUCCUUCCUAUGCUCGCUCACACACCACCAGCAGUUCUCUGUACUCAGGAGAGCUGAGCCAGACCUCCAUUAAUACUAGCAGCCAAGAGCAGCAGCCACGCCGGAGUCCUCUGCCCUAUCUGUCACAUACCAUCCCUGUCCUGAGCUCAUCUCCUGGGUUAUUGCACUCUCAGAGGAUGAACGUGGAGAACAGAUCACCUGGGAAGCAGAAGGAAGCUUCAGUUAUUGAGGCUGCAGUUGACACUUCGGCUACCGAUAACCACUUUCCAAUGACCUUUCACCCCCUGGAUCCUAAACCUGACCUCAGUAUUUCCACUCCUUCCUAUGCUCGCUCACACACCACCAGCAGUUCUCUGUACUCAGGAGAGCUGAGCCAGACCUCCAUUAAUACUAGCAGCCAAGAGCAGCAGCCACGCCGGAGUCCUCUGUCACAUACCAUCCCUGCCCUGAGCUCAUCUCCUGGGUUAUUGCACUCUCAGAGGAUGAACGUGGAGAACAGAUCACCUGGGAAGCAGAAGGAAGCUUCAGUUACUGAGGCUGCAGUUGACACUUCGGCUACCGAUAACCACUUUCCAAUGACCUUUCACCCCCUGGAUCCUAAACCUGACCUCAGUAUUUCCACUCCUUCCUAUGCUCGCUCACACACCACCAGCAGUUCUCUGUACUCAGGAGAGCUGAGCCAGACCUCCAUUAAUACUAGCAGCCAAGAGCAGCAGCCACGCCGGAGUCCUCUGCCCUAUCUGCCACAUACCAUCUCUGCCCUGAGCUCAUCUCCUGGGUUACUGCACUCUCAGAGGAUGAACACGGAGAACAGAUCACCUGGGAAGCAGAAGGAAGCUUCAGAUUCCUCAGGACUGUUCCUCCCACUGCAUCCUGAGCACACCCUGAAUGAGGCUGAUCUGAGCAGCCAGAAUGAGGUGUCCAGUAGACUUUCUGCUCAUGGCCUGGACAAUGUACGUUCUGGGGCGCCCACACGACGUGACUCCUCAUUGCCUGCUGAUAGGUCUCAUGAGUAUGAUGCCAUUCAAUCAUCUUCCAAACCCGUCCUGAGACGCAACGCAGCAGAAGACACUGGCUCUUUCCAUGAGCUGAUGGCUACACAGAUGACGGUGAAUGACUCUGAGUUGUCCGAGCCUCCCGUCUCUGAUUUCUUAGAGAAGAAGGCUCAGCCAAGUGUCCAUUAUGAGGAGCUACUUGCUGUGCAUGAUGGGCUACAUGGAGAAGGAAACCCCGGGACAGUUGGUCAUGAUCCACAAAACAGCAGAGAAACCGCUGCGCUACCUGGACGCGGCUCGUAUUCUGACUCUGGUACCGCAGCUGCACUGCACUCAUCAAAUCGUAUCCCAAGAUCGGAGAGUAUCACACAUGAGUCUCUCUCUGGGGGAUCCUCUGCACGUUUCCUGUCUAGCUUUACUAUAGGAUCAUCUGCCGACUCGCUGCCCAGCUGCGUUCAUACCUGGGAUUCAGAGUCUGCUCGUGGAAUCCUGGAAGAACCCGACUUAACUCUGGUGAGCUUUAAUGACAGCAGUGUUGCGUGUUCCGAGCCUACGCUCAACCCGGCCAGUACCUCUGACCUACAUGAAACAAGCACUUCCCAGAAUGCCUUUCAGCCCCUGCCAGCUGAGGUGGACGUUUCGGGGGUUCCGGCGUCGGAGCAUUCUUCAGUAGGAACGUCUUUAUCAGAGCAAUUUGCAGAGCUAGGCCUGGAAUUUAUAUCUACCCCAGGGAGUCUGCAAGAAGCCUUCCUGAUGAAGAAAAGACAUUUAAUUGAAAAAUCUUCCAAAAGAAUUCAAGAAAUGAAAGAGAGGGAUCGAGUUCCAAAGAAAAUGGAUCUGCAAUCUCGACAGAAGGAUAAACCGGUUUCCCAAGCAGAGCAGAGGCCCCAUUCUGACACUGCCGGCAGUGACGGAGGUCAUUUGAAGAAAGUGGUUGAGGUCAGAGUGUGCACCCCAGAGGACCGGAAACUGUCUGAGAUAGAGAUGCACCAGCGCACUAUACGGUUAUAUAAUCGGCUAGAUGAAGUGAAAACAAGGAAAGAGGAGAUGAUGCGCCAGGAGUCCUACUCCAGGAACCGGGAAAAGGCUAAAGCGUUUAAGAAGAGAACUUUGGAAAAGCUGAGGGCGAAUAAGAUGAAGUAAGGACUAUGAAGAGCUGCUGCGGACUGGAGAAAAAUUGGCCACUGUGAACCUGUCGGUUAUUAUCAAUGCUGAUUUACAUGGCACAAUCAUUGAGAUACACGAGUGGAACUCUUGGCCUCCAAGUGCGUUUUGUUACUACUUAGGCUUUCGUAAAGUCUAGCAAGUUCUUUUUUUUUUUUUCUGCUUCUUUACAAUAGCGUUACAAGAACCUGUCGACUAACACUCUGGAGGCAGCCAUAUUGUGGUCUUAACCAACAUUUAUGAGAAUGCAGCUUGUGGGGUAUAUUCAAUUGAAGUCUGAUCCAUUCUGACAUUCAUUUGUCUGAAUGGAUCCGACCUGGGCUAUUCAAUGCAAUCUCAAUUGGACUUUAAAAAAAGUCGAAUUGAGAUGAGGGAGCUGAGACGGGGGAGAGCCGCGGGCAGAUGGGGGAGAGCAGCGAAGUCUCGCUUGCUGGAACCGGGUGGACCCUGCUGUGACAUCCUCUGGCUACACUGCCCGCUGCUGUAGCGCUGCUCUCCCCCGUCUGCCCGCGGGCCGAUCCACGUGCUUUUCGACAAGUCGUAUUCCUCGACUUGUUGAAUAAUUUGAUGUUAGAUUGAAUAGGUCGGAACCACUUCCGACCUAAAAAAGUAGAAAACUGCUGUCUUUUUGACAGACGGCAGCUUUCGACUUAAGUUGAAUAUACCCCUGUGUCUGUUGAUUAAAAAUUAACAACCUCACGAGGUACGGGGUACUCUGUGUCAUGAAGGCUCCACCAUUUUGUCUUUUACCUCAAAUGGGUAUAUGUAGGUGAUUAGUCCACGUUAUUUGUAGCUCUUUUAUAAAACUCCUCCAAUUCAUCAUCUUGUUUGACCCUGAAUUGUAUGCUAGAUGUUAUCAGAACCAGUUCCAGUUACACUUUAAUGCAAUCAAUACUGUAGUUGCAAUUUUAUAAAUGUUUAGCAAGUUUCUAAAAAGCAUUAAUGUAUAUUCUAUAAAUAACCUUUCCUAUAUAUAAAUAAUGAAAUUAUUUUAAUUUAUGACAUGUGAAAAUGCUAUUACAAU